AUGUUAUCAGUCUUUUACACUCCGACGCGCCAUAGGCUGUUUCUACCUACGAGGACAUAUAAGAUCCUGCAACGAGCGCAGAUCGCAUCUCCGGUUUUGAGUCGACGAUACCAUUCCUUCAACGCCUGUCAAUUCAAACGGAACACCAUCCCUGGUAUUCAAUCAAAAAGAUUAGUAUCAUCAUCCGCAAAAACGGGAGCGGUAACCAACAAUGUGCAAUUCAAGCUUGAGAAUUUGUUCAAUGUCAAGGGCAAGAUCGCACUCGUCACCAACGGCGGCUCAGGAAUAGGCCUGAUGGCCAUCCAAUCCCUCACCGUCAACGGCGCAAAAGUGUACAUCGUCAGACGCACUGAAGGAAAACUGCAGCGCGUCGCUGAGCUCUACUCCACCGGCAGCCGCAGCGAAGGGCAAAUCAUCCCUAUCGUUGCAGACGUAUCCAAAAAAUCUGACAUUGAGCGUUUAGUUUCUGCCUUCAAGAACAAAGAACACCAUCUAUACAUCCUGAUCAACAACGCCGGUAUUUCCGGCUCAGCGCGCCAGGAUACCGAGCGCAAACACCCCGAGGCUCUCAAGGAGACAUUUUUCAACAACAACGCCGCCACAAUCGAAGACUGGGAGAGCGUAUACCGCACAAACGCGGCGCAAUUAUUCUUCAUAACGUCCGCUUCCCUGCCUCUACUACAAAACGCCACCGACAAAAUCCCAGGUUUCAGCAGUACAGUGAUCAACAUCACCUCCAUCUCGGGCAUCGUCAAAGCCUCUCAACACCAUUUUGCGUACAAAUGCAUCCAAAGCUGCGGCCAUCCAUUUAACCAAGAUGCUUGCUCAUGA